UUGAGCACGGGGCUAGAAACCGCUCCAGUACAAUAGUGAUAAUUCGGUGUGCCUUUGUUGGUGAACCAGCGCGACGAGAUCAGGAGGGGCGAGGGGAGACUUCCUAUGGUAGUGGUCGCUGUUUUGGUGCUCUACGGUGCCUAAUAGCCACGGAUUUACUGCAAGCUUGACUGCAGUCAAAAAGAGAACACAUCGAGCUUAAAUCUGCGACAACCUUCAUGCGGGGGCAGGACACGUCAACUCGGAGGAAAUGGAAGAAUUCGAACAGUUUAAAAUCCAGCGGUGCGCAUUUUAUGGGCAGAUGCGAUGACUCGGUGGGCCGGAGCCCAGGGGAAGUGCCAUAGCCGUGCGCCCUUCACCACGCGUCCCAACUCUGCGCCCGACGACCACAGCCUGACGCCCUCCACCACGCUCUGACCGCCGCAGACGCCCCCUCCGCCCCCCCGCCAUCCUGCCAUCCCACUCCGGAAGAAGAGCCCCGGUGUAUGCCUCUCUCUCUCUCUCUCUCUGCUUCUCUUUUUCUUUCUCGGUCUCUCUCUCAGUCGGUCAACAUGGCUCUCUGGAGGCUAGCCUGGGUCGUCAUGGCGAUCCUUUCCGCUUGCCGGUGUCAGCUGGUCCCUCGAGUUUCCUUCACUGCUGGAAGCCCCGGUAGAUCGCUCUCCGUCUUCGACAGCGACGACAUUAGGAACACCACCACGCUGCUGCUGAGCCAGGACGGCGAGACCCUGUUUGUGGGCGCGCGCGAUGCCGUGAUCUCACUGGACGUGAGGGAGCCGGGCGUCAUGGAGCUGAAGCAGAAGCUGGACUGGGUCCCUUCUUCCACAGACUUGGAUGAUUGCUCCAUGAAGGGAAAGAAAUUGAUUGACUGCCACAAUUUCAUUCGAGUGCUGCAGUUCCUCAACUCCACCCACAUGUAUGCCUGCGGAACCUUCGCCUUCAGCCCCCGAUGCACCUACAUUGACUCCCACGCGUUCGCCUCCGUCAAUGGCCCUAGCAGGAAACCGGACGAGGGGCGGGGCCGCUGCCCGUAUGACCCGUACCAGAGGAACACCGCCAUCAUCGUCGAUGGAGAGCUGUACACCGGCACGGUGGCGGACUACCAGGGGAACCGGCCGGUCAUCUCCCGCUACCUGGGGGAGGGGAACCACGUGGACCUGAGGCUGGACGACACGCUGGGCUGGCUGGAAGACCCCACCUUCAUCAGCUCGGCCUACAUCCCCAGCGAGGGGAAGGUCUACUUCUUCUUCAGCGAGGAGGGGAAGGAGUACGACUUCAUCGAGAAGAUCACCGUGCCUCGAGUCGCCCAGGUUUGCACGAGUGACGAGGGCGGGCAGCGUACCCUGCAGAAGCGCUGGACCACCUUCGCCAAAGCGCAGCUCCUGUGCCAGGCCGAGGGCGAGCUGCCCUACAACGUCCUCCUGGACAUCGUCACCCUCCCACCACCGGAGGGCGCCACUGACGACGAAACCCGGUUCUACGGCAUCUUCGGCUCGCAGUGGGCCUCGAACUCGGGGAAGUCGGCGGUGUGCUCCUUUCGGCUCGGGGACGUGAAGGCGGUUUUUUCGGGGAACUACAAGGUGCUGAACCGGGACACGCUGCGCUGGAGCACCCGGCUUAAGGAGAAGGUCGCAAACCCAGGAGAGUGCGGACUGCACGCGGCGUCAGACAGCGCCCUGAGGUUCGUGAAGGAGAACUUCCUGGCGGACAAGAACGUGAGCCCCGCGGGGGGGCGCCCGGCCCUGAUGUCACCUGACCAGCGCUACAGCCGGAUCGCGGCCCAGAGGACCCGCGGGGCCAACGGCCGGGACUACACGGUGCUCUUCCUGCUCACCGAGUCCGGCUUCCUGCACAAAGUGGUGCUGCUGGACGAGGGACCCCCCCACAUCAUUGAGGAGGUGCAGGUCUUCCAACAACCUCAGCCAAUGAACAGCCUCCUGCUCUCCAUCACAAAGGGCGUGGUCUUUGUGGGCACCUCUGACGGUGUUGUCCAGGUGCCUGUGUCCAACUGCUCCUACUACUGGAGCUGUGCCGAAUGUGUGCUGUCCCGGGACCCCUUCUGUGCCUGGGACCCCGUCAGUAAGGCCUGCGCCAGAGUCUCCAGCAUCUUGAGCAACGCAAGCCAGGAUGUGGAAGGGAAGGAUGCGGUAAAGAUGUGUAAAGUGACCACUAUAACCCCCAGAGGCAAAAUUGACCAACCCAGGAUCCCCACAGAUGAACAGGUGCUGGUGCCCCUGAAUGAGGUGGUGACACUGCUCUGUCCCGGGACGUCCAGGCAGGCCUCGCUGCACUGGGAGGGGCCCGACGGCCAGCUCGCCCCGCGCCUGUACCUCCUGGGGGACGACGGGACCCUGCGCUUCCUGGCCACGCCCGGCACGCUGGGUCGCUACCACUGCUACUCAAAGGAGCGCGUCUACCGGCAGACGCUGGCGGUUUAUGCGGUGAGGGACGCGGCCGGGGGGGGAGCCACCAUGCAGGCCGCCGCCCCCACCCUCCCCCCGGGCCUGCCAGAGGGUGCGACCGCCAUGAAGGGGGCGGGGCUGGCGAACACCGCCACGCCGGAGCCCGCUGCGGAUUGCCGGACCGCCGCUCCCCGAGCAACCAGGAACCCGGUCGUGCCCGAGCGGCCCAGGCUCGUCCCCGACCUGGAGCGGCGGCCGGAGGGGCGGAGCUACCACCAAGAGCUGGUUGCCGUGUCGGUAAUGCUGGCGCUGGCGCUGUGCGCGCUCCUGGCGGGGGCGCUCUACGGGCUGCGGCAGCGGUGCGGGUGGAGGGGCGCCCCCCAGGUCUGCCCCGGGAGCGAGCCGGAGGCGGACGGCUUGCCGGAGCACGACCCUCUCACCGACAACGGCACCGCCAACGCCGCCAACGCAAAACAUAACGGGCUGGCGCAGAGCGGGCCGCAGCAGGGCAAGCCUCCGCCCGCCCUGGAGAACGGCUCGCCCAGGGGGUUCAACGGGCACCUGCCCAACACCCCCAUCUAGGGAGCGAGCCCGACACCCCUCACCCCCCCCCCCCACCACUCUGCACUCACAAUAUAAGUUAAGUUUCUAACUUAAGUUUCUAAGUUUUCCUCGCCCUCUCGCCUGCUCUGAACCACAUUACGCAGAGUGAAUAAACUGGAGAUUCUGUGUACUGUCUCUUAAAACUGAUGCAAACAAAGACGCUGGUGUGUGUUGGACAUUUUAAAAGGACCUCCAUGAAUCCAAUGGACUUUAAAAAAAAAAAAAAAAAAAGAAAAACAUAAGUGUAUGCCUCUGGGCUCCACUGGGGGGCGAUAUAGUGUAAUUUCUGAGCGUGUGUGAGCACGAGCGUGCAUGAAGGCGAACGUGCGCGUGAAUGUGUGUUUGUGAACGCGUGUGACGUGAUUCUAGACUGCUUUUGUAUGUUUCCUAAAAUAAGGAAGAGCCAAUUUGCCGAUUUGUAGAAUGUAUGUGGAAGAAAGCAUCCUGACUCUGGGAUAUAAAUAUCAUUCCCUAUGCGUGGCACUUUGAGUCAUUCCAGAUCUAACUAAAAGCAUGCUGGUGUGCUGGGGGAAAGAUCUGCUGUUCUGUGAAGUGUUUGCCCCCUUCCUGGUUUCUUCUGUUAUUGCAUAUUUGUCAGACUGAAUGGUUUCAAAUCUUUAGAGAAAAUGCACAUAUUGGACAAAGAAAAAUUACAUUUUCACAAGGAUGACAUGGGUGUUUCGUAACUUUUUUCAUUAAAUAACUGAAAUGUUAAUUUAAAAAAUGUGUUUUCUGUUUACUCAAUUUCCCUGUGUCUAAUAUUGCAUUUUGUCUUAAAGAUCUGAGACCAUUUGGUGUGACAAAUAUGCAAUAAUAGAGGAAAUCAGGAAUUGGGUAAAUACUUUUUCACGGCACUGUAUAUAUUGUUAGAGGCCAAUAACAAUUCCGGAAGUCCGUUCAUUGCUAUGAAUUGACCGCAAGAGCACCAUGAAGCCAAAAAGAGGCUAUUUUGAAUCCAUUCUCACAGGGAGACUUCUGAAAUAACAGUGGAGUUGUGGGUAAUCGGUCAAUGUGAGAGUAGGAAUCCAUCUUUGUGAGAAGGCAUGCCAUUGAGCCUGUGAUAUUUCGCUGUGUUGACUAGAUUGGUAGCUGUUUAUAAGAAGUGAAACUACCGAAUGAAACCUUGCUAACUCGAGCUUAGCCACUUCUGUGUAAUUUCAGGUAACCAACAUGGACUUUAUUUGAUUACAUAAUAGAUAUUAAAUGACGUCGUCAUAAUACAACAUGAAAAAAAAAACAUAAUUUUAUAUUAGUUUUACAAACAGUGAUUUCUUUUCUCAAUGUAUUCAAAUUGCAUUUUUAUAUAUUAUAUUUAAAGUGAAACAUAACAUUACAUGUCGACCCACAGUUUAAAGUAACUACCAUCUUUUUCCUACUAUAUUUCUUUUAGCAUAAUCAACUACUUUCUCAUGCAGUUCUUACUUAAUUAACUAGAGGUGUUAAUAGGUAUGGCCUCAGCAAAAUAAUUCAAUAUGCUGUAUCACCCCUAUGGAUGUCAGAAUGGACCAAAUCUAGGUGACAUCAACAAACUGUAGAUCUGGCAUCAGAACCCAAGUAAUUCAAAUGCUUUCACAUGUAGGAAUAAAAUGAUCCCGUGGGCAGUAUCGCCACCUAUGGGCAGUUUGGUGGAAGUUUUUAAAAUUGGCCUGAGCUUUGAGGAUCUAAUUGGCCUGGCUCCAGCAGGAGUGGACUGGGAGUAAUAUUUAUAUCCCAGCAUGCCUUUCUUCACCCUCUUAGAAAGGUCACAGCAAGCUGAUCAGGCAGUGGGGUAAGCACAGUCUGGUGGACGCUAAGUAAAUUAGCCUCCUUUCUUUGACCCCGACCUCUGUGCUUCCUGAGUGUACACUCUUUAAACCCUAGCAUCUUUAGUGCGGCUGCUGCUUCAUCAUCUUUGCCCCAAUGAUGUCAUCUUCCACAAAAUAUCACUGUCUUUUUUGAUGAUCGUUGCUGUUUGCAUCACCAGUUCUUCUUGGAAUAAUUUUUUA